AUCUUCAAGAAUUAGACACAUCAACACAACAUCCUGAAGCAUAUGAUAUAAGUAGACCAUUAAAUGAACAAAUUACCGCAAAAUUACUUCAAGAGAUUCCGGAGAUGAAGUUUAAUAUCCAGAAGCCCAAAGUUAUUGUAUUUUCAAUAACGUUGAAUUUUGACAAUAACAUAUAUACACUAAUGUCUCAAGAAAUUAAUCAAGAAAACACUAGUAAAGACAUAAGAGACAAUAAAAAUGAAGUGGAAAAUCAAGUAAAUAGUGAAGUAGAUAGUGAAAAUUCAUUUUUUGAAAACUUUUUUUAUGAAUCAGAAAAUGAAUUAGACGAAAACCAAACUACUUUUGAUUUUAACAAUGAAUUAAAGUUAGAAUUAGACAGCAAUAAUAAUGAACAAAACUUUGAUUAUACAUGUGAUAAAGAAAUUAAUGAACUUAUAUCAGAUAAUGAAGAAUUAAUUAAUAAAGAAAAAAAAUCUAACGUGCAAACACCUAUUUCGCAACAAAUACUGGAAGACUUGUUGACCUAUAAUAAAAAGAUUCCAGACAAUAUAUAUGAUGAAACUCUUCGAUUACUUGGAGCUAAUUGGGAUAAAAGAAGAGUUUAUUGUUGGUGGAAUUAUCGUAUUAAGCAAAAGAAUAAAGAAUUAUUAAAACAUUGA